AUGUCCAGCAGUGGUUCCGGAUCGGGCUCAGGAGGACGUCGGGGUAGCAAUGAAUCUCACUCUAGUGGCGAAUCAGCACCAAAUUUGGGUCAAAGAUCACCACCACAGCCUCCACCUCCACCCCCUCAAAACCCUGGUCAAAACCGUCCGCCAAAAAAUCCAUCUGCAGGUCAAAGGUCACAACCACCACCACCUCAAAAUCCCCCUCAAACCCUUCCCAAAAAUCCACCUCCACCCCAAAAACCUGCCCCUCCCAACGAAACCUACGCUUUAACCCAUUCCUCCUGGAAACCACCCCCUGUCGCGGGCCCGUCCGAUCACGGGAUCAAUUAUGGCGGUUCCGGCGCCCAAAACAAGUAUGGGUACGGCGCCUACAAAGAAAAACAUCAACACUACAGCCGGGAUUAUUCAAAUAUUCGCCACAAUCCGUCAGCCGUGGGACAGGAUCAGUUUAUGUAUCACUGCGAUCAGCACGCCACGGCGGAGUACAACUACCCGCCAAAUUUGGACUGCGGGGGAUCAGCCCCCUCGUCGUCGGAGGAAGUACGAGAUUUGUACUGUUGUCAACCCGAAGCGGUGUCAAAAGCGUGUUCAAACGAUCCAAAUUGUCACAUGUUUAAAGACACGUGUCGACCCGGAAAUUUUGCGGAUUCGUUUCCAAAUCGCUUCAAACUUCCGAAAGGGGGACGUCCCUCGUGGUUGGUGCAUUGUGGAAAGAUCCUACGUUUCUUCGCCUUCUACCAAGAACCCAUCCCGGAAAGUAUGAUAGAAAAUUAUCGAAUCCACCAGUGCGAAAUUCGUUACUUUUUGGACGACGGAACCAUCGAAGUCAUCGAACCGAAGACGUUUGACCCCGGAUUUCCCCAAGGGCGAAUCAUUCGACGCCACAAGAUCCCAUAUCCUCGCCCCGCCCAUAACGCGACGUACUCCCUCGAAGACCUCGACGUCGGCUGUCAGGUCACAUUUUACGGGAAAACGUUCUUCAUUUCCGGGGUGGAUGAUGCCACACGAGUUCAUCUCAAUAGGAAGGAGGGACGCCAAGUCCUGGCAAAUCUGGAAAUGCCGGAAGAUCUGUAUACUAAUUGGAGGAAGGAUCGAAUUUUCAGCCUAUUUUCCCGUAAAGGAAGCAUAAAUCUGGAGAGCGAAAAAGCCAAGAAAUUCAUCGCGAACACUGGGAAAGUCCUCCGAUUUUGGGCGUAUUGGGACAAUCGCUGCGAAUACGGGGGCGAAUUGAAGAAAUACAUUUUUCACUACUUUUUACAAGACGACACCGUCGAAAUUAAGGAAAUUGUGGACCCCGAGGGUGGAGUCAGGGGUGCAAUUACGUUCCUCGGAAAAGGAAAAUUACUCAAGGAUCACAAAGACCUCGUCCCCACGGUCGGAAUUCGGGAGGACGCCCUCCUCAUUUUGAACACGGUGGGAGGUGGGAAUUCUUGCAAGCAUGCCAUCGCCCCGUCCUACAUGACGGACUCGCUCUGUCCCGGCAUCGACGAGAAGGACUUCGUCACCGACAAAGACCUCGCCAUCGGAGCGGUCAUCAACGUGUACGGCAGAUUAUUCACCCUCGUCGACUGCGACAAGGCGACUCAAACGUAUUACAGGGAAAAAUAUGGGAUUGACGAUUUUACGCCCCUCGUCCUUGAAAAAAGUGAGACGGAACGUGCCUCCCCUCGAGUCCAAGUUCCUCCCCACAUCGGGAUCGGCACCGAAGCGGACACGCUCCAUAAUUGGGACAAACUCGAACCUGUUCCUCCCCCGAAGCAAGAAAAUCUGCCAGAAUUUCGAGCUAAGGAUAAAGACGUGCUCUGUUUCGAAGCCCAAUUUUAUAACGCGCAACACAACGCGAAUGCCGAUAGGAGAUUCAUAAUCAAAAUAUUUAUGAUGGAUAAUAAAAUGCAAAUUUUCGAGAAGCCGCAUCCAAAUACAGGUUUUAAACAGGGUCAAUUCCUGGCACGAUCCAUGAUUCGAAAACGAGGUCACGGUCUUCGACCCGCAUUCGAAUUGGGGGAAGAAUCCGAAUAUUACGAAAUGAAAGAUUAUUUCAUCGGAAACGUUUUGGACAUCAACGGCUUCACGUUUCUCUUGACGGGGGCGGAUGAAUUCACGCUGAGCUAUAUGGAAGCUAAUUCGAGCGUCUUUCCACAAGCCAAUUUCUGCCUGAUUAUCGAUAAGGUGAGAGAAGCAUUCGGUCCUCUCGAAAGUGAGUCCGUCCUCCAAUUAUUUUCCUGCAAAGAUUCCCAACUUAACGGGAUCAUAUCCCGGGACGACUUCCGGUCCAUUCUCGUCACCCUGAUGAAACAAUCUCUGAACGAGCAUGAGAUCACGACGCUACUUCGAGGCCUUAAAGUCGACCCGCCCAAGGUGGGCAUUGACUUUAAAACGUUACAGUAA